AUGGCUUAUGGAGAUGCAACCAAUGAAGCAUCGCUUGCUGCAGCCUUUUCCGCGGCGGAAAGCGUUGGCUUCAAACUGUUUUUCUCCUUCGACUAUGCAGGUAAUGGUGCGUGGCCGAAGGAGGUGGUAAUCUCAUAUAUCACAAAGUAUGCUGCGAGCAGUGCCUACUUCCAGCACGGCGGGCAGCCAUUUGUCUCCACCUUCGAGGGGCCCAACAAUGCCAAUGAUUGGGUGGAUAUCAAGGGUCAGACAGGUUGUUUCUUCAUCCCCGACUGGUCUUCCGUUGGAGCCAAAGCAGCGAUGGCCAAGGGUGUGGCCGACGGGCUCUUCAGCUGGGCCGCAUGGGCCUGGGGAGGCCAAGAGAUGAACACCUAUGUGGAUGCUUCCUACCGGGACUAUCUGAAAGGUCUGCCCUAUAUGAUGCCGGUCUCCCCGUGGUUCUAUACGAACCUCCCUGGCUACAACAAGAAUUGGCUAUGGCGGAGUGACAAUCUGUGGUACGAUCGCUGGCAAGAGGUCUGGUAUUUGCAACCGGAGUUUGUACAAAUCAUUUCUUGGAAUGAUUACGGAGAGUCCCACUACAUUGGGCCGGUCUACGAGAAGUCUAUGGCGGCCUUCGAUAUUGGUCGCGCACCCUUCAAUUACGUGAAGAACAUGCCGCAUGAUGGAUGGCGCGCUCUACUACCCUUCGUGAUUGAUAUGUACAAGUCAAACACGACUGUUAUUGUGAAUGAAGGACUAGUGACCUGGUUUCGACCCCAACCAAGGGCAGCGUGCAACGACGGCAAUACCACGGUCAAUACCGUUAGUCAACUCCAGAUUGAGUCUCUUCCCACCGAAGUAGUCGAAGACCAUGUCUUCUUCUCAGCCCUUCUGGGCAGGAAGGCCGACGUUUCAGUCACAGUUGGUGGGGUUGUUGUGAGUGGUGUAAAGUGGCUGCAUACACCGGAUGGGGGUGCAGGCAUGUAUCACGGCAGUGUUGCCUAUCCGAACACUGGUGAUGUGGUGGUGACCGUUUCUCGCAACGGGGAACUGGUAGCUCAGGUCUCGGGGGGCUCCAUUACCACCACCUGUACUGACGGAUACGAAAACUGGAAUGCUUGGGUUGGUAGUGAUGUCUCACCCGCGCUUGACUUGAAGAUCCCACGCCCUAUCGGUACCGAUGUGUGUGUCGAGGGUACUGGAGUGGGCAACUUUGCUGGCCUUUGCGAAUUUGCCUGCAAGUACGGAUAUUGUCCGGUGGGAGCCUGUUAUUGUACUAUGGUCGGAGAGCAAAGAACCUUGCCUAAUGCCACCGGUAUUACGGGCUAUCCAGCCACAGGAGAGGAUGCCAAUUACAGUGGACUGUGCAGCUUUACAUGCAACUAUGGAUAUUGCCCUGAAGGCGCAUGUGCUACAGUCAGCUCGCCAUUGACAAUUCCUAGCAGCUCCCCCUUCACUCCUUCCGCCUGCGUGGCCGGAGCAGGCGAAGGCAACCUCGGAGGAUUGUGUUCCUACGCCUGCAACUUUGGUUACUGUCCAAUUCAUUCAUGUACGUGUACGGCAGAAGGGGUGCUGGUCGACGCUCCGGCGGCCAACUCCAGUCUUACAGGGGUUCCGGUGUCUACUGUCGAUUACAACCAGUAUCAUGGCUUGUGCGACUUUGCGUGUAGUCGAGGGUACUGUCCGGAUGGUGCCUGUGAGUUACGGUCCACACUGGACCCUUCCACUGGUUCGACCGGACAUGACUCCUCCAGCUCGUCCUCAACGUCUAAUAUCUCUAACGACACAAUCGCUUUUGUUGGGUCAGGCGUCUGGGAAGAUCCCUACGCCGACUGCCCUUUUCCAUGCACGAUAAUUUUCCCUGACAUGAGGCUGGGAAGUCCGACAAUCAUUUACCCUCCCCCAUACACCACGACAUUGCAGGUGGAAUGGCAGGGCAGCAGUGUAACGACGCAGACCGACGGUGAGGUAUCAACCGUGACGACAACGACCCGUGUCGCGGAAUCGACUACGGUUGACAUACCACCCAUAACCGGCUGGGGAUUCUGGCCUGUGGUGGUCAACGGACCUACUGACAGUCGAAUAACCGUUCAUCCCACGCCUCGCCUGCCCCCAAGUACCGUGAUCAUCGCGGAUGACCCUAACCCUCUGGGUCAAAGCUCUGUUACGCAUGCUCCGCGGCCGCGCACAGUCAUCAUUCCACCUUACCCCUGGGAUACUAGGCCCUAUGGCAAGGACGACAGCGACGACAACCUCAUUGUUCCAAAGCCCCCGGCAAUCACCGUUGCCGAUGGUCCCGUGAGUCCCAAGUGCACAAACGACUGUGGUAAACUGUGCAGCGAUCGCUUUUGCGGCUGUACAUGGGCCUGUAGGGGAACCGGGUUCACCUACAGCGACGUUGACACCGACGACGACAACAAUAGCGGUAGCACGACCGACGACGGAGGCUCUAGUCCGGGCAAAGGGUCCGACAAUAAUAACAAUCCAGAUGAAGAUGACGAUGACGACGACGACGAUGACGGAGGAAUCGAUUUUGGAUGGGGCGGCAUCGACAUUAACGGCAACUCGCCGGACCCCAAUGCCAACAAUGAAGACUCGAAUAAG